GUCAUGCCAAGCGGGGACACGAGGACGUAACACGGACCACCUAAUGGGGGUUUGUGCUUGUGUCUCAGGUGUGAUGGCCGCCUAAACAGAUGAGGGCGCCCCAGGUGCGGCUAAAAGAGAUGCAACGGCGGAUUGAGCAGGUGAAGAGAUGAGAUGAACGAGUGAUGAAAAGACGAGGCGCACAUGAAACAUAUUUAGUCCCUUCAACUCCACCAGCUGCCACGGAAUUGGAGUUCAACCUGGGUCCACGGCCAUGCGUUAUGUUUUGUUUGGUCGACCUUUUACUGCCCUGUCACAGGCGCCGUUUGGACACAAUUAAGAAGGCUGAUUGGAGACUCACCAUGAUGGUUUUCACCAGGGUUGAGUCAGAAGAAUGACUGGGUGUCGUCUUUUGGGGAAGAACACAACGCCAAGGAGUACUACAUCGCUACACGAACAUAGAAGAAGCUUCUGUGCUUCAGCCCGCCACAAGCAUGUCAGCGUAAGACGGCGAGCAGCCAGGACUACUCGUGCUGAGAGGUGACGUCAUCCCGCCUCCUGUUGACGCCUGACAAAAGGGAACAUCCCACGCAACUUAAUCGAGUCCUCCGAGGAUGGCGGAUGACGGCGAGGAAGCCCCGGAGGAGAACCGCAAGAGGCGGACGCACACCUUCCCCAUCGUCCGACACACGGACAUGCCCAAGCCCAUGAAGACGGAGGCCAUCGCCUUUUGCAUGGCGGCCUUCGAGAAGUUCGCCAACAACAACGAGCACGCGGCCAAGAUGGUGAAAGAGGCCAUGGACAAGAAGUUCGGCGCCGCCUGGCACGUCGUGAUCGGCGAAAGUUUCGGCUUCGGCGUCACUCAUGAAACUAAGAAUCUCCUCUACAUGUUUUUUGGGGGGAACUUGGCGGUUUGUUUGUGGAAGUUCUGCUGACGUCAUCGUCUGAAUCAAAAUAAUCAUCGAACACUGUUCGAAUAAAACACAACAAAUGACGUCA